AUGGACCGCGACUCAGUUAAGCGAGGCAGCAACACUCCGGAACCGCCUCGGAGCAAAAAGCGCGCCAAAUAUACCCAGGUCGCUUGCAAUGAGUGUAAGCGACGGAAGCUGAAAUGUAGCGGCGAGCCUGUCUGCUCCCGCUGUGCCAGGGACAAUGUUCGUUGCGUCUACGCACCGAAUGCUCACGUUGUCGCUAGCACGGCUUCUCCUUCGGUCGAGGAUCCUGUCAAAGAUGAGAGGUAUGACAGAUUGUCUACUCGGCUGCAGACCGUCGAUCAGCAAAUUGCAUCCCUUCAGCGAGAAAUGCGAGCCAUGGCCGCUCGUCUUCGUCACCUGGAAUCAACAUCGGUGACCACUCCAGCAAACAAUACUAGCAUACCCACCUCCAUGUCGACUGUUUCUUCGGCAUCGGUCAAUACCGGACUGCAGCGGAUUCUGAACCGUCCCAAAUCUCCCAGCUACGUCGGUCCCACCAGUGCCGAGUUUGGCCUCACUGCGCGGCAGAAGGCAUCGGAGGACAGCGAUGGCGAUGCAGAUGAAACCGACUCGGCAGCAGCACCGAGCCCAGCACCUGCUCAAGACUCAGAAGCCCUAUCCGGUGACCCUCUUCGGUGUAUGGGUCUCACAGAGACCCUGCGACUGGUGACGGUCUAUGAGAAUACUGUUGGCCUGAUCUACCCGUGCGUGGACCUCGACAGCGUGCGCGCGUACGUGGUCGAGUACUUCCGGGAUGAGAGGGACGGGCCCAAUGAGACACGUUCGCCUGAAACCGAAGACCAGGAUUGGUUCUUUGCUCGGGACGUGGAGGUGCUGAAAAUCAUUGUGGCAACAGCCUUGUUAGCGGAAUCUCACGGUCGCAGCGAAAGGGCGGCCUGGUUGGCAGACAGCGUCGAGGAUCAGUUUGCUUCUCGGUACAAGGUCCCUGAAGUGGAUAUGAAGGAGUUGCUUAUCCUGACCUUAGUGUCCAUCUUCCACUCCUACCGCGACGACGAAGUGAUUGCGUGGCGGACAAUCGGGUCCGCUGUUCGGGGCGCCGUCCAACUCGGCCUACACUGUCAGGAGACAUGGCUAAGAACGGGGGGUGUAUUUCCGGGCGAACUGCACAGAACAUGGGCCAGCCGGCUGUUCUGGUGCAUGUACGUACUCGAUCGGAAAUGGUCGUUCGGAACGGGUCUGCCGUUCGCCAUCCAGGAUUCCGACAUGGACACGAACCUACCGGAGCCGGGCACCUCGACGCCAUACCUGACCUGCAUGAUCUCGUACGCACGACUCAGCUCCAAAAUCUGGGGCCUUGUGGUCGGCUGGCGCACGCGCCCUCGAGCCGCGACGGCAGACUACUGCUCAUACCUAGACUUUCAAGUGCAGCAAUGGAUCCAAUCCAUCCCGCCAGAGCUGCGCUUCGACCCGUCGCAGCGAUCAUCCUCCACAGCACCCAAUGCGCAGACAGACAGCAUGAUGAUGCUUCAAGUCCUACUAGCACUGCAGGCGAAUCAGCUGCGCAUUCUCGUCUACAGACAAUACCUCCUCAGCACAGAGAGCAUCGAAGAAAGCGUGCCGAGUGCAUCCAUCGCCGUCGAAACCGCCAAAAGCACCGUCCACAUGCUCGACUUCUUCAGCCGCGUCUCAGGAAUCUACUUCCAACGUCCCGAGCCAUUCAACUACUUCCUCAUCUCAGCCCUCGCUGCGUUGUUCCUCGCUGUACUCCACGCCCCCUCCCGGUUCAGCCAAGUCUGUCGUCCAGAAUUCUACAAAGCCGUCGACAUGGUCCGCAGAUCAUCCACUCGUGCCCGCACAUCCCGCCGUCUGCAGAAGAUCAUCCGGAAUCUGAAACUGAUUCGCUCAAACUUGGGAGCUAAGUCUCCCCGACAAGCUGGAGCUCAGCUACAACACCAGCACCAACACCCACACCAGACACCCAAGCGACAGCCUUCAAUAUCUACGACCAUGUCUGCAGCCGUACCUUUUACCCCGGUGGAUACACCCUACCCACCACAUCCGCAGCACCAACUUUCGGGAUUCAACCCCGUUCAUCAGCAGUCAGUGUCGGUGUCCGCGUACUGGCCCGCAACAGCAGCAGGAGGGAACGCAGCGGUUGAUGAUCAACAGGAAAGCUGCGAGGAUCUGACGAGUUUCUUUGAAAUGGCGGGCGGGUUCUACUUUGAUCCUAGGGCGCAGGCUGAGGUGCCUGAAGCAGGAAAUGGGAACGUUACUGGGCCUGAUGGGGCAGGAAUCGAGGCAUUGAACGCAGAAGAUGAGGCCUUGACGAGGGUCAUGGCAGGGUUACUAUAACUAUAAGGAAAUCACACAAAGAUGGAUGGUUACGAAAAGGGUAGACACCUCAGGCUGGCCUGUUUGCAUAUGCGCGGGUUCCUAUAUACAUAGUACCAUCCAGACAACAUAUAGACUCAUGUUCCGGGGACAAUACUC